AUGCAUGCGUUCGCCACCUACUCAGGUCGUAUGGUCCUGAUCCUCAACAGUGAAGAUCCAUCCACACAAUGUUUCCUUUUGCACCUGAAGCCAGGAUACUCCAAACAUCUGGUAGGGCGGGAUCAGCAGAAGGUUCAUAUUGAGAAGGAAUAUGAAGCAGCCAUGGACAGGAUGAAAAAAUUGUUAAAGGACUCCCCUGGACGUAUAGCAUUCGCCGCCGAUGCCUGGACCUCUCCAAAUAACCUCGCUUUUCUCACCCUUGUUGCCAGUUUCAUCACGGACGAUUGGAAGCUCAAGCAACUUCUCAUCGACUUCCCGAAUCUGCUUGGGAUAGAGGAUCAGAUCAAGGCAGGAGGAGCGGAAUUGAUCAACCAAGAUGAGAUUGAGACUGCAGGAGAUUUUACGGAGGAUAUGGCUGAAGCUGUGUGCAAUCUAGACAGAGAGAUGGCUGAGGGAAGAGAUGACGAUCUUGUAGCGGAUCAGGAAAAAGAUGGUGUCGACGUAAAGAGUGUUGUUUAA